AUGUCCAAAGUAGAACCGUUUCCUUCCGAUCACAAGCUAGCUGCUCCAACUCAAGCCACUGGCUCGAAGACGCCGUCUUCUCAAGCCAACGGCUCUAAGGCACUUGCCUCGCAAACCACCGGUGCAAAAGCGCCACCUUCUCGGCCAAGUGACACCGCCGAGCCCCGGGCCUCAGCGCACGGACGCCGGCCUGCAAGAUCAACCGCUCACACACCGAGUCAUCGAAGACUUCGUUCACCUCCACCAUCAAGACAACCAGCGCCAUCCUCAUUAUCAUCUUACACCUCUGCUUCACCGUCCUUUACUCCCAUAGGAAAAUGGACCGUGGCAGGUCCAGCUCCAGCUCCCCACGAACGAAGAGAAACAGCAGGCCAUCAGCAAGCCGGGGCCACGCCCCAGACUCUGCCCUUCCAGAUCCUGUACCGCCUCACCCCUCAGCUCAACCAGAUGUCGCUAGCCCACUCCACAACUUCUUGCCCUCAAGUUAAUCCCGCUAUCCCUGCCUGCCCAGAAACAGCCCAACCCAAAUCCACCAGCUACAUUCCACACUCUGCAACCAUUAAUGCAGAUCAGGACUCUAAGGGAGAAUCAAACCCUCCCUUCUCGGUCGCUGGAUAG